AUGAGACUCCAUUCUCUUCUUUCUGUUCUCCUCCUCUUUGUGACUAUAAUACCAAAAGCAAGGACAGGCGUUAUUCCGGGGAAGAAACAGUGUGUCCUUCUGAAAGGGGUGUGCAGAGAUGGAGGCUGCACCUCCACAGAUGAUACCAUUGGUGAAUGCAAUGAGGAUAAAAAGUGUUGCAGAAAGUGGUGGAUAUUUUAUCCCUAUGCAACACCAGCUCCCAAAGCAAAAUCUCCUUAG